CUGUUGAGUAGCGAACGGUGGAAGGACGGAGAAGAAUUACUCUGAGUGAUAUUGAAGCACACCUUUCGUAAUACGUCGGAAGAUUUUUCUUCGAGUUCUUCUGAAAACUUCUUUUUUCAUUGUAUAACAUGCCUUUCAAGUCACUUACUGAUGCCGAAUAUGAAGACAUAUUUAAAGCAGCCAUUGGUGAUUGUUACGAAGUGGAAAGCAGUUUUGUGGGCGAUAUUUGCAAAUCACUUGCAUACAAAGGAAUCAAUAACCGUAAAACUGUUGAGGAUGAAGUAGUGACGCCUAAAGAAAACGAAGCAUUAACACCUGGGGAGACAGCAAAACAUGAAUGUCACACAUUAGUCACCAGAACGCAAAAUGUUUCAGAAAAACCAAAGAAAGUCAAGCUCUUUUCUGCUCCUGAGAUAAUCGGUCAAAAGAAGAUUAUUCCAGUAUUCAAAAGUAAACCGAAAACGAAAAUUCAAGAUCAUCCAGAAAAUAAUGCUACAAAAAAAAGCCCAGAGAAGGGAAAAGAAAAGGAUAAUCCAGAACAAGGACACGAAAAUGCCAAAAGUGGAAAGAAAAUAAGGAGAGAUGACUCCCUCGAUUACUGCAAGACAACAAGUAAAAACAAAGAAAGCCCACAGAAGGGAAAAGAAAAGGAUAACCUGGAACAAAAACACCAAAAUGACAAAAGUGGAAAGAAAAUAAGAAGAGAUAACUUCCUUGAUCACUGCAAGGAAACAAGUAAAAACGAAGACUUGGAUGAAACAUGCUAUGCAACAUCUACUGAAAAGGCAUCUCCCAUCAAGUUAGAUAAAGAAUCUUCUGAACCGACUGUCACUGUCCUCAAAGGCAAUAAAAAUGUUAAUAAAAAUAAAAUGCCUUCAAAGACAAGUGGGUCAUCCCUCAUAAAAUUAGGCAAAAAAACUUCUGAAAUGAAUUCCACUGUUCACAAAGGCAGGAAUAAUGUUAAUAAAGACAGAAUGCAGUCUGGGACAAAUAGCUCAGCUACUAUGAAAAGUACUUCACAGACAAGGAAGACUUCAAAGAAACCAAAGUUGUCCAACAGUACUAAGGAAAUGGAACCCUCAGGUGACGCAGAUGAAUUAUCACCUAAAUGCCAGAGCUCUAACAAAACUACGACACCAGCACCAUCAGGAGAAGUUCUUUCAAAAGAAAGACCAUGUAAACUAACUCUGUCCUCAAACUCAAAGAUUGACUCUGAAAGCAGCCAUCUGGUUUCUUCACAGCAGGAAACACCUUUAAGUCAGCCUCCAGCACAGUACAGUCUCAAACGGCGGCUUAAAUGGCUACAGGUUCGCCGUGAAGUUGGUGUCUGGGUACAGUGCUGCAAUGAAAGCUGUUCCAAGUGGCGCUACUUGGACUCCACAAGAGAUCCACAACAGGUUCCUAGAAAGUGGUUUUGUAACAUGAAUCAAGACAAAUCUUUGGCGUCUUGCACUGCUCCACAGAAAGGCCCAUCUAUAAUGCAAGAACUUGAUCUUAUUGAGAAUGAGUACACAGCUGGUUCAGUUGUGUGGGCACGCCUUGCAGGUUACCCGUGGUGGCCCGCUAUGGUUGAUGAUGAUCCAGAUGUUGAACAAUAUUACUGGAUCACAACUCUGUCUGAUAUUCCAACCCAUUACAAUGUAGUGUUCUUUGAUGAGAAACCACCCACUCGGGCCUGGAUCACACCGAAAAAUUUGCGUCCCUUCAGUGGCCAUGAAAGUGGUAGACAGUAUAAAGUGACUGUUCAUCGUGGGAUUGAUUACAGUAAGAGAUUGGCAGUUGCUAAAGCUCAAGCAACUGAAGCACUUGAAAUGGAUUUCAAGCAUCGAUUGCAGAAAUUUAGUUUCCUUGCAAGGUUCAAAGGCCCCUUUGUGAUGAAUACAAGAUCUGCUUUGUCAAACACACAUGUGAGCCAUAGCCAGGAAGAAUUUGAGGAUAACGAUGAUAUGAUCCAGUUAUUAAAAGAAGUGAAGCAUAGAAGAAAGCAUUCUUUGGCAACAAGCAUCUCAUUGUCACAAAAGAGACUCAAGAUUAGUGAAAAUACAAUUUGUAAAAACACAGGCAAGAAUAGAAGUGAAGCUACUACAAUCCCUCUCCAAAAUAACACCAAAAGCAAAGAUAAUAAAGCGAAGGAAGCAGGAGAAGAAUGUAGUAUGAGUAAAUACUUGAACAGUUGUAAACAACCUUCUGAAACUAACACUAGUUCAAGACUCUGGAAUAAAAAAAUAACUGACAGAGAAGAUACAUCUAAUAAGAAAGCACAAGAUAAAACUAAGGGGCAAAAUAAUGAAGAAUUGCCCUGUAUGAAAGAUAUUCACAAUGAAGAGAAACAAGACCAAUGUCAGAGUACUGAUGAUGAUGAUGAGACAGUAAUGUCAGAGGAUAUGUUUGCAGAAGAUGAUUCCACCCAGUUUGAAUCUGUCCAUGAAAUAACAGAUAGUAAGUCUUCUUCAUUAAAACAAGAUGAACAUCCACAGGGAACACCAGUCAUCAAACCAGAGGAUAAUCAGGACCCAGCUUCAUCCGGUAAGAUACUUAUAAACUUAGUAGCAAUGGCUUGCACCAUUGAUGAACAGGAGUCCAAAUCAUCAGUUAAUAUACAAAAGAAAGGUGAACCUGAACAAGUCACAGGGGAUUCCACUCAAAUUCCCAGCAGCGUGCAGGCAAUUGUUGGCACUGAUGGUGGAGAAGAGACAGCUUCAUCCUGCAAGGCAGAAACUAGAUGUCACAAUGAGCAGUCUUCAUCAUUGCCGUCUACUUCUGAUUCAUACAGACGGUCUGGAUGUAAAGUGGAAUAUUCUAAUGUUGUAAGGAAAGGCAGUCCUUCUCAGAGUUUAAAUAACAGUACACAUGCAUCAUCUUCCACUGACGAAAUUCAGGAGCAGCUAUCAUCACAUGUUAGUAACAACACUGACGCUUGUUCAGUAUUGAAUGUCGGUGAAGGUUCUGAGCUUGUUGCAGCCAUUCCAGAAGUGCCAUUAACGGACUAUCCUGAUGAUGCUGUUGUUCCACAGGGUUUUAGCCCACUGUCACGAGAAAGCUCUCCAGACUUUGAAGUGGAAGAGUGA